UCCCACAAGGCCAUGUUCAAGCAGACGCUUUCUGAAUCCUUUGGGGUGCUGCAAUAACGUAAUUCAAAGAAAAAUGGAAUCAAGAAAGAAAAGACCUCAGUCUUUCCCAGAACCAAUCACUAAGCCAAAGAGACCUAAGAAGAGAAAUGAGAUCGCACUGCAUGAGAAGAAAGAAAGUCCAGAACUAGAGCAAAAUGCCAGUGCAGAGAAUUCCCAGGCCUCAAAAAUGGAGGAUUUGGUCAAGACAACUUUAUCAAAUGAUGUUAAAACUGUUGACUGCUCGUCAAAAAGAUCUGGUCAUUCAGAAGAUCAUACGUCAGAUGGUGAUCCAAAAAAAUUUCAGAAUCACAUAGCAGUUCCACUUAAUACACAAAACUCUCUUGAAAAGGUAGAAGAAAAUCAACUGCCACUUAAUGAGCAGUCUGCCCUAAACCCAUCAAAGAUUAAAAUGGAACAAAAUGAAGCUAAAAAUGAAAAUGGACCCUCACUUUCAGAAAUGCAUUUACAUCCAAAGCAGUCAGUACUUGUGAAUGAUGUUGGAACAUCAGAACAACAUGGAUCAUUGUUUCAAUCUCCUACUCAUGAAAAACCAGAGGAGGAGACAACUCCAGUAGCAUCCACUCAAAACAAUAUUACCGAAAAAUUGAUAGAAAAUCGAGAUGAGGAAUCUUUAGUAGCUGCCCAGUCAAUGACAACCUUAGCUAAUGGAAGCAGUGUAGAAAUCUUGCAACAGCCAGAGAAACAAUCACCAAGCACAUGUAGGUUGAAUCAGUUACACAAUUCUUUCCCAAUUGAGAAUGAGGCAAACAAGAAUGAAGUAGGAACUCCUUAUAAUAAGCACAAAUUAGACAUCAAAUACAAAGAUACCAGUCAAGAACCAAAUUUAUGUAACACAGUGCAACAAAACAUUGUAGAACCAUCACUUCCUCCCCUACAUCCGGGAAAUGUUUGGAACCAUGGAAUCCCUCUACAAAGCAGCCACUCCAACGGUUACUGGAACAACCAUUCUCAGAAUUAUAGCUGCAAUCAAGCCAGUAUUUUGCCACCUGCCUCCAGCAUCUUGAAAGUUCCACAGGCAUAUGAUGACAAUAUGAAUAUACAGCAUGGUCCCAACAGCUACCAUGCUGCUAGACCAGGACCCAUGUCAGUGUUUCCCGAUUCUCUUGGGCAGGCCAUACAGACAGCAUCUGUCCCAACAAGCCAUUAUGAAAAUCACCAGAUACCAAUGGCAGAUCCUGAUCUUUCUUACCACAAUCAGAUGAUGAACCAAGAAUACUACAUGAUGCCCGACAACCAUGGGUCUGCUAUUUUGCCUUCUGGACCAGGUAGUGCUCCUCACAUCUUCAACAGCUUUCCCCCGGGUGAUCCCCAUUUUUCAGCAGCUGCAAACAUUGACAUUCACGAAUCUGAUCAAUAUCAUGCAUCAGCUGAUGUUAAGUAUCACAGAAGAGCAAGACUAAGCAAAGGAAAGUCUGCCCAAGACUACAUGGAGAUUGUCAAGCACUUUGUCUACAACCCUAGAGAUGACUACAUCAUCACUCCUCACGACUUGUAUGAUAAGCCUGAUGACAAAGAUACAUUUUACAUGGCUAUCUCCCCCGAGGUCAAUCCAGCAGAGGUGAGAUCCAUUGACCACAAAGGUCUGGUUGCAAAAUAUAUUGACUACCUCCUAAUUGAGAAUGAGCAUAUUACAGAAAUGUCCAAAUCUGUAUCCAUCCCUAUAGAGAAUUGUGUAAUGGAUGACCCUUACCUGAUGGACAUAGUUCGGGUCAAGAUUCCCUUCCCUACACCAAAGUAUCUGCAGUGGCUGAGCUCAUAUUACCCUACCAUACAGGUGGACUGGCCAGCAAUUAGGAAGGAACUGGCUGGCUACAAUGGAGUGGGAGGGAGGAAGCAGAGAACUUAUUUUGUGGACCGCAGACCCUGUCACAUUCUUUUGGGGGAAUCCUUCUACUUCUUCCAAAGAGAAAAGGACAAAUCAGAGAAAUGAUGUUGUUGCCUAGUGAUCAUCCAGGUCUGGAUUUUUAUGGAUCUUGUCUUGGGACAAAGUUUUGAGUUUUAUGUUCCCAUUAAAUUGGACCAAAGAAUGAGUGCACUUAAGCAUCCUGGUAAUUAAAAAAAAAAAUGAAAUAAUACGGAGUUAUGAAAUAAUCAUGUAUCUUUUACUCAUAUGACUAUUCUGUAUCUUAAAUGUAAUUUUUAUGAAAUUAUGAGUUGAAAGUUUGUAUUCUUGGAGAGCAAACAUGAAGUGUGAGGCAUAUGAUUCAUGUUUUUUCAGACCCCCCCCCCCCCAAAAAAAAAAACCCCGAGGACAAUGAAUUUACAAUAACUUUAUGCAUAGUGAGUUGAUGGUUGUCUUGUGUUCUUAGAUUGGUCAUUCAACUCACUGUAUAAUAUAACUUUGUAUUAAAAUAUUGAUAACAAAUAACCGUGCACCCCAAAUUUAUUUUGUAAAAGAAAUAAAAUCAUUGUCUUCAUCAUCAUAUUUCUGAAGCAUUUAUAUUAUAUUGUACUACACGUAUAAUUACUAUUCCCAUUCCUUUACAGGAUGUAAAGUUUACCGAUUACUGUUAAAUUUUUAAGGGUCCAGGAUAUAAAGCUAUAUAUCCAAAGCUGCCUACUGUAUAUAAAUUAAAAAAAUAUAAACUUAGAAUGUAGUAUAUAUUUUUUUCUUUGCGUUAGCCCCAUGUAAUUAAGAUUGGCAAAAAUGUCGUCUCAAUUCAUACAGGUAGACAGGGCAAAGGUUACCUUUUCACUUGUCCUGUACUAUUCUCACCUGUUGAACAUUUACUGUCAAUACUUUGUAACAAAUUUCUGCAUUUUGGGGCAAAGUCCGAAAAGGAUCCCAAAUAUGAGUUAAGUGGACUCAUUCUUUUAUUGUUACAAUGACAUGUCUUAUUUUGAGUAGCCUUGAUGUAUUUUAUAAACGUCAAAUCUUUAUGUGGUGCAUGAAUAAAAUAAUUAUCUUUUUAAAGAAAUUUGAAGAUCAUCAAUGUGCAUGUAUACUGUUCUUUGAUAUUAAAUGAAUAAACUUUG